AUGGCCACUCUGCUCCCAGUGACAGCCAAGGAGUUAAUAGAUAAACCACCACAGCUGGGCCCAGAUAUUUUGGACUACAACUCCCAUCAGCCACCACAGCUGGGCCCAGAUAUUUUGGACUACAACUCCCAUCGGCCACCACAGCUGGGCCCAGAUAUUUUGGACUACAACUCCCAUCGGCCACCACAGCUGGGCCCAAAUAUUUUGGACUACAGCUCCCAUCGGCCACCACAGCUGGGCCCAGAUAUUUUGGACUACAAUUCCCAUCGGCCACCACAGCUGGGCCCAGAUAUUUUGGACUACAGCUCCCAUCGGCCACCACAGCUGGGCCCAGAUAUUUUGGACUACAACUCCCAUCGGCCACCACAGCUGGGCCCAGAUAUUUUGGACUACAACUCCCAUCGGCCACCACAGCUGGGCCCAGAUAUUUUGGACUACAACUCCCAUCGGCCACCACAGCUGGGCCCAGAUAUUUUGGACUACAAUUCCCAUCAGCCACCACAGCUGGGCCCAGAUAUUUUGGACUACAACUCCCAUCGGCCACCACAGCUGGGCCCAGAUAUUUUGGACUACAAUUCCCAUCGGCCACCACAGCUGGGCCCAGAUAUUUUGGACUACAACUCCCAUCGGCCACCACAGCUGGGCCCAGAUAUUUUGGACUACAACUCCCAUCAGCCACCACAGCUGGGCCCAGAUAUUUUGGACUACAACUCCCAUCAGCCACCACAGCUGUCCUAG